CGCCUUUACAGUUGGCUCAGUGAUCCGUGUGUGUGUGUGUGUGUGUGUGUGUGUGUGUGUGUGUGUGUGUGUGUGUGUGUGUGUGUGUGUGUGUGUGUGUGUGUGUGUGUGUGUGUGUGUGUGUGUGUGUGUGUGUGUGUGUGUGUGUGUGUGUGUGUGUGUGUGUGUACCUGCGCUGGGUAGCGUUGGGUUUCCCUGAAAACAGGUGACCCGCGCUGAGAGGUGCGGCUCCUCCUCUCUCUGUCAGUCAAACCGGUUCAGCUCAGUCACUUCCUCAUCUUAAACUUCUGUCGCAGCGAGGAGACUUUCUUUCUCCGCUUUGAAAACCUUUCACCUGAUUAACUUGUUUUAUAAACAAUUUAAUCUCAGUUUCUUCCCUUACAUUUAUUCUUUUAUAACUUUAUACCGUAUGGGACGCAUUUUAAUUAGAUAAGGUCUCCAGUCUACUAUGGAUGAGGAGAGAGAGGACGGGGGUCCUACCUCUAAGACCACUCUGUCUGGGGAACAUGGCCGCCGGAGCAAAGCUAAGAGAAGGAGGCAGCAGAGAGCAGACUCUCCUGGACCCAGCUGUGUCUCCAUGAAGAGGGACCAAUCUAUGGAUCAUCCUCCUGUCUUUAAAGAUGGACGCCCCCCCAGAGAGGAGAGACCACACCAGAAGAGGUCAAUUGUUACCAGGUUUGUACAGAAGAAUCCAACCGUGCUGAUCAAGAGGGCUGAGGAGAACGCACACGCUUUUCUAGACAAGGAGCUGAAGAAGCUCUGGAGGGAUCUCUUCCCAGAUUACCCACAAUGCUCAGAGGGUCAAAGGGAGGAGGAGGAGGAGCUAGAUGGUGAGAAGGAGGAGCAGAGGAGGCGCGCCAUAAAGGGAGUGGUGGACAUCACAAAGCUCUGCCUGAUGGAGAUGAACCAGGAGGAACUGGCCGACACACUGUGGGGCGGAUCUGCUGCUGUCGAUUGCCAACACAAAAUCAAGUCUCAUUUGAAGAAGAAAUUCCAGCAAGUGUUUGAGGGACUCCCUAAAGCAGGAGAGAAAACAGGUCUGAAUGACUUCUUCACAAAGAUCUUCAUCACAGAGAGAGGCAGUGGAGAGGUCAACCAGGAACAUGAGGUCAGACAGAUUGAAACAGCUUCCAGGAAACCAGUCAAGGAAGAAACACCAAUCAGAUGUGAAGACAUCUUUAAACCCUCACCUGGACAAGAUCAACCGAUCAGGACAAUUAUGACAACUGGAGUGGCCGGCAUUGGUAAAACCGUCUUAACAAACAAGUUCACUCUGGACUGGGCUGAAGGCAAAACCAACCAGGACAUACACUUCACGUUUCUCCUCACUUUCAGAGAGCUGAAUUUACUGACAGGGAAAGAGUUAAGCUUGGUGGAACUCCUUCAUCAUUUCUUCAUUGGGACCAAAGAAGCAGGAAUCUGCAGAUGCGACCGGUUCAACGUUAUCUUCAUCUUGGAUGGACUGGAUGAGUGUCGACUUCAUCUGGACUUCCAGAAUAACCAGACCUGGACUGAUGUCACAAAGUCCACCUCAGUGGACAUGCUGCUGACAAACCUCAUCAGGGGCGUCCUGCUUCCCUCCGCUCGCAUCUGGAUAACCACACGCCCUGCGGCAGCCAAUCGGAUCCCUGCUGAGUUUGUUGACAUGGUGACAGAGGUGAGGGGGUUCACCGACCCACAGAAAGAGGAGUACUUUAGAAAAAGAUUAAAAGAGGAGACACUGGCCAACAAAAUCAUCUCCCAUAUCAAGAAAUCACGAAGCCUCCACAUCAUGUGUCACAUCCCAGUCUUCUGUUGGAUCACUGCUACAGUUCUGGAGGACCUCUUCAAAACAUCCCAGAUAGAAGAGAUGCCCAAGACCGUGACUCAGAUGUACAGCCACUUCCUGAGGGUUCAGUCCAUACAGGGGGACAGGAAGUACCAUGGGAGAGCUGAAAGAGAUCCAGACUGGAGUUUAGAGAGCAAGGGGAUGAUUGUUUCUCUGGGAAAACUGGCUUUUAAGCAGCUGGAGAAAGGCAACCUGAUCUUCUACGAGGAAGACCUGGCAGAGUGUGGUAUCGACAUCAGAGCAGCCUCAGUGUACUCAGGAGUGUUCACCCAGAUCUUUAAAGAGGAGUGUGGGCUCUACCAGGCCAGGGUGUUCUGCUUUGUCCAUCUGAGCCUCCAGGAGUUUCUGGCUGCCCUUUAUGUCUUUCUGUCCUUCAUCAACGAUGGUGUCAAUCUGCUCUCAGAAGAACCACCAACCUCUGGGGAAGAUAAACUCCUCCUCCUCUACCAGAGUGCUGUGGACAAGGCCUUACAGAGUGAGAACGGACACCUGGACUUGUUCCUCCGCUUCCUCCUGGGCCUCUCUCUGGAGACCAAUCAGAUUGUCCUACGAGGUCUGAUGGGACAGACAGGAACUAGCUCACUGACCAAUACAAAAACAGUGUCUUACAUCAAGGAGAAAAUAGAUGGAGAUCUCUCUCCAGAGAGAAGCAUCAACCUGUUUCACUGUCUGAAUGAGCUGAACGACCGUUCUCUAGUGAAGGAAAUCGAACAGUACCUGACAUCAGGAAGUUUCUCCGGAGAAUCUCUCUCUCCUGCUCAACUGUCAGCUCUGGCCUUCAUCCUAGUGACAUCAGAAGAGGAGCUGGACGUCUUUGACCUGAAGAAAUACUCUGCUUCAGAGGCGGGUCUUCUGAGGCUGCUGCCAGUAGUCAAAGUCUCCAAAACAUCUCUCCUGAAUGGCUGUCGUCUGUCAAAGAGAUGCUGUGAAGCUCUGGCCUCAGUUCUCAGCUCCAGCUCUAGUCUGAGAGAGCUGGAGCUGAGUACCAAUGAUCUGCAGGAUUCAGGAGUGAAGCUGCUCUCUGCUGGACUGGGGAGUCCACACUGUACACUGGAAACUCUCAGGCUCAAUGGCUGUCAUCUGUCAGAGAGAUGCUGUGAAGCUCUGGCCUCAGUUCUCAGCUCCAACUCCUCUAGUCUGAGAGAGCUGGACCUGAGUACCAAUGAUCUGCAGGAUUCAGGAGUGAAGCUGCUCUCUGCUGGACUGGGUAGUCCACACUGUACACUGGAAACUCUCUGGCUCAAUGGCUGUCAUCUGUCAGAGAGAUGCUGUGAAGCUCUGGCCUCAGUUCUCUGCUCAGACUCCUCUAGUCUGAGAGAGCUGGAGCUGAGUACCAAUGAUCUGCAGGAUUCAGGAGUGAAGCUGCUCUCUGCUGGACUGGGGAGUCCACACUGUACACUGGAAACUCUCAGGUUGUCUGGCUGCCUGGUCACACAGGAAGGCUGUGCUUCUCUGGCCUCAGCUCUGAGCUCCAACCCCUCCCAUCUGAGAGAGCUGGACCUGAGCUACAAUCACCCAGGAGACUCUGGAGCUGCGCUGCUCUCUGCUGGACUGGAGGAUCCACGCUGGAGACUGGACACUCUCAGUGUGGAGCACGGUGGAGUGUGGAGGCUGAAACCAGUUCUAAAGAAGUGUAAGUGUCUGUUUGAUUCACCACAUCACACACUUACUAUUGAGAUGGAAAGUCCAACCACACAGCAGGAGGUGACGUCCGUCAUUCACAUUUGGACUUGUGUAUACUAGGUGUGCGACCGGGUACACGUGUACACGUGUAACCGGUUAGUAAAUCAUAACCAUUUAGGAAAAAUCAGGAAGCGAAAACCAAAAGAAAAAAAAUAUAUAUAUCAAAAAUAACACAUACUAUUUAUUUAGCGAUUAAUAAAGCUACAAAUGUUCCACUUGGACAACAUUAAGGAGCUAAUAAAUGCACGCGAUAAAUGUUGGGUAACUGAACACCGGGCAUUAGGCUACACCAGUGGUUUUCACACUGUGGGGCGCGCCCCCCCUGGGGGGCGCCAGAGUUCUUCAGGGGGGGCGCGACGUGAGAAAAAAAUAAACCCGAAAAAAAACCUGAAAGUCGAUGAUUCAAAUCAUCAGUCGUACUUCGACUGUAGAAGUAAUAUAACUAAAUCUAUUUUCAACCGUUUAUCUUCGUGCAAACCAUUUAACAAAUCUACACACUUGUAUCUUCAAUAAUAUCUUAACAGAAUUUCGAUAUCAUUUAAAAUUUCUUCAGAAUCACAGUUCUAGUUUCAUACUGCUUCGUUUUCAGCUGUUUUAAUUGAAGACGUCAGCCCAUUCUGAUACACCUACUUUUAGACAUCGUAACUCAUUCCUUUUUCAACCGUUUACCAUCGUUCAAACCAUUAAACAAAUCUACACACUUAUAUCUUCAAUACUAUCGAAUUUUGAUAGCAUUUAUACUUUUUUCAGAAUCACAGUUUUAGUUUCAAACCGGCAUCGUUUUCAGUUGCUUAUAAUAAUUUAGGUCACCAUAGCAACGCCGGUAAACAAAGCCCGCCGAAUAGUCGAAUCUCCGGACUGAAAAGGCAGAUCUGAUUCGAAUCAGAAAAUUCAGAGUCGGGGACAGCCCUAGAAAA